UUAUUGCGCAGCGGCCGGUAGGGGCGCAGCAGACUUGGCCAGCCGUCGGUAGUCGGCGCUUGGCGAGGUCGGGCGCGAUGUUUCUCCCGCAGAUUGACAGUGGUGCGCACUACAAGCCGAGUCGCAGCCGCUUUUAUUCGACACGAUGCUGCGGCUGCUGCCACGUUCGGACCGGGACCAUCAUUCUUGGCACUUGGUACAUGGUGGUGAACCUCCUGAUGGGCAUCCUGCUGACCGUGGCCGUCACCCACCCUGACAAUGUUCCCACCGUGGACCUGCAGUAUGAGGUCAUCGAGCACUACUUUGCUUCUGACAGAAUGGCAGAAAACGCCUGCGUGGGCUUCACCAUCUCGCUGCUGAUGUUCACCAUCAGUGCCAUGAUGGUGUACGGGGCCAUCACGCACCGCGAUGGAUGGCUGAUUCCCUUCUUCUGCUACCAGCUGUUUGACUUUGCGCUGAGCUGCUUGGUGGCCAUCAGCUCUCUCACCUACCUGCCCCGGAUCAAGGACUACCUGGAGCAGCUGCCUGACUUCCCGUACAAAGACAGCUUGAUGUCCCUGGAGUCCAGCUGCCUGCUGCUCAUCGUCCUCAUCUUCUUCGCUUUCCUCAUCUUCCUCAAGGCCUAUCUGAUCAGCUGUGUGUGGAACUGCUACAAAUACAUCAAUAACCGGAACCUUCCGGAGAUCGCGGUGUACCCCGCCUUUGAAGCUCCACCCCAGUACGUCCUGCCCACCUAUGAGAUGGCAGUGAAGAUGCCCGAGAAAGAGCCGCCGCCCCCCUACGUACCAGCCUGAGGCUCCGCCCACUCAGAAGCCUGUAAAUAGUCAGAAACAAGCUUAUCCCUCUAACUCCGCUGCUCUUUCCUAGAGAUGAGGGUGCAAAGUGACAUCCUGUGAUCGCAGGGGCUUGUGUUGGGUUGGGGGGGGGCUUCAGCUUUCUUCUCUCUCUUCCUUCAUUCUUCUCCUGAUAGGAUCUCUGUGCCAUAAAAUGCUAAUUAUUAAUCUGUUUUUAGGACCACUCUUCUUGUGAAGUGAAUAUUUAUAGGUAUUUAAGACAAACUCUUUAGACGAUCUGCUCUCAUCAAUACUGUCACCAGUUUCCUGCUUUUAAAUGCAGCUUAAUCAUUGUGAAGGUGUGAUGCCAUGAGGAGCCCUUUUUAGUUUCUGAAGGUUGUUUUUGCACUUCUUUCCUCCUCCCUGCCGGGGUGUCUGUCUCUGAGGGUGGGGGUGCGGUGGGGGUGGGGAGUGAGCCAGGGCCGCAGCAGACAGCAAGGAUUUUGAUGUUGGAGGCUCUGCUGCAGACUGUGAUAUGUUCCUUUUGGACACAGCUUCAAUAAACAUUUAGAGAAGUUUGUAAUCGA